CCCGCGUCGACGAGCACGAUUAACGAGCGUAUCCUGCAAAAAUGGGCCGUGUCCGCACGAAGACGACGAAGCGCGCUUCCCGCGUCCUCAUCGAGAAGUACUACCCGCGCUUGACGCUGGACUUCCACACGAACAAGCGUAUCAUCGAUGAAGUCGCCGUCGUCCCUUCGAAGCGCCUCCGCAACAAGAUCUCGGGCUUCACGACCCAUUUGAUGAAGCGCAUUCAAAAGGGCCCCGUGCGCGGCAUCUCCUUCAAGCUGCAGGAGGAGGAGCGUGAGCGCAAGGACAACUACGUCCCCGAAGUCUCCGCUCUCGAUGUGGCUGCCACUGGCGCCAAGCUCGAGGUCGACCCGGACACCAAGGACCUCCUCCGUGCCCUCAACUUCGACUCCAUCCCCGUCGACGUCGUCACCCCCGUCAUCCAGACCGUCGAGCGGGGGCCGCGGGGUCGCCGCCCCGUGCCCGGCGCUGGCCGAUGAGCGCGAUCAGCGUCCUCUCGCUGGUGAUGAGCGUGCGGCCUUGAUGGAGCGCCUCUCGCCAGUGGUCAGUGCGCCGCCGCUAGGGACCGCUGCGACCACCCCACACGCAGGAGCUCACGGAUCGUGGUCGUGUCUCGUUAUGUGCUAUGUUUUCAAGCCAUUUUCCUCUAUGUGUACUACGCAUGCAACCACGAAAUCCAUGCCCUAUCGCUUGAUCUUGCUGUGAACAUGCUGACGUCUGCCGA